AAAUCCAAAAGGCGUAACCCAGAAGAACAAAAAUGGCGUCGUUGCACUCUCACAUAGAGACAAUCCUAUGGACCAAGGACGAAAUCUCCUGCCGAGUCACCGAGCUCGCCUCCGAAAUCUCUACCGAUUUCGGCGCCGCAGAUUCACCAGUCCUUGUUGGCGUCGCCACCGGCGCCUUCAUCUUCUUGGCCGACCUGGUCAGGAACAUCCAACUUCCCAUUUCCGUCGAUUUCGUUCGCGCCGAAUCCUACGGCUGCGGCACCCUCUCCAGCGGUGUCCCCAAACUCUCUCUCGACUUGAAGGUUGAUGUCAAGGGCAAGCACGUCAUUCUGGUUGAGGACAUUGUUGACACGGGAAACACUCUAUCCUGUCUGAUUGCGUAUUUGGAAUCAAAAGGAGCAUCCUCUGUAUCAGUGUGUGCCUUACUUGACAAACCAACAAGAAGAAAGGUUCAUUUUCAGCUCGUGGGUGAAGGGAAGUUUUACCGGGGUUUUGAGUGCCCAGAUUAUUUUGUAGUUGGUUAUGGAAUGGACUUUGCAGAGUUAUAUAGGAACCUGCCUUAUGUUGGUGUCUUGAAGCCUGAAUGUUACAAGUGAUUAUAUAGGGAGCAGAAAAUAUACAAUUUAUCAGACUUUAAGUGUCUCAGUGAUAUUUUCUGAAUCAUCUUAUUCGACAAGAUGAACCAAAAUAAUUUCACAUUUUUAGAUGAUGGCCAAAUACAGUUGGAGUUUUGAUAUUAUUCAAUAGUUGCUUGAAAAUAUUUAUUGUUGCACUGAAGUUCAGGAAUGCUUACUGCUUACAGCAGCAGAAGUACAGAAAUAUGGCCACUAUAUAAAUACAAUGUUUUUUCCUGUACAUUAAGUACAAUAUUACUGUUCCUUGAAUGUCUUUUCCUUUUCUGCAUAUGAAGUGUCCCAGCUGAUGAGAUUAGUUGUGGGAUUUUCAGUAUUCAAAUCAACCUGUUCUUCCAUUAUCUUGUUGAAGAAUCAUUCUUUUUAGAGAAGGCAUCAGUUUCAUUUAUUAGGAGGUAAUCAGAAUAAUCCAUCGUAUCUAAAGGAUGCAAGGCCAUAUACAAAAUGCAAACUUGCAUGUGAAGUUUAGAUCAAGUUUAUUUCUAUCCUGAAACAUGUUACAAACACCCAGUUUUGCAUAGAAGGAAGCUUCAAAACAACAUGGAACAUAGGUUCCAUUUCCAUUUUACCGCAGGAAUUGCA